GAUUUUGUCCCCUCGCUCGACUUCCGUCCACUUGUCUCCGUCUGACUCGUGUCUGUGGCUUGCUCCGGAUAACACGCAAGGCAGCAACUGGCCCAACUGGAGCUUUCCCCAGAUUCCUCAUUCUAGCGCUUAUCUCCCUCUACUAUUACUACUAUUACUGUUAAUUGUUGUCCCCUUUUUGCUUAAAAUAGCUGUUGACAGCACCACCGCGGCUCCUUCCGCCUCGCCAGCAUGGCAUGGGCGACAAUUGACUGGUCACGGUGGACCACAAGUCCUUAUUAUGCCUUAGUGAUCUUUAUUAUAGCUUGUGGCAGCAUCCCCAAAGGUUACGAUGAAGGUGGCUACAGUGCCAGCGUCAAACUCGAAUCCUUCAUGACCGAUUUCAAUCUCCUAUCCUCCAAUUGGACCCAUGAUGCCACCGGCCUGGCCAACCGUAAGGCCAAUAUCACAUCUUUCAACGUCUUGGGAGCGGCAUUUGGGGCCUUGUUCUCGUUGGACUUGAACGAUCGCUUGGGCCGACUAUGGACAUGGCGUCUGUCCUGCUUGGUCUGGGCAUCGGGCCUUUUUAUCACGGUCUUCUCCUCGGGCAUCUACGGCCUAUUGCUGUUUGCCAGGAUUUGGAGUGGUCUGGGCGCUGGAGCGCUAACGGUCACUACGCCCUUGUAUCUGUCGGAGAUCGCGCCGGCUCGAACUAGAGGUUUGGUGGUUAGCGUUUACAUGGUGAUUUUACUGGCCAUUCUAUCUGUGGGGUUCUUUGUUAACUACGGGGCCGACCUGCACAUGGCGCCUACGCGCGAACAAUACCGCCUGGUCCAGUCCAUCCCCUUAAUCCCCACUGGAAUUGCUUUCUUCGCCUCUUACAUUGUCCCGGAGACCCCUCGCUACCUGGUGUCCAAAAAUCGUCCCGACGAAGGCCGGGCUGUACUGGCUCGGCUUCGCGGUAAGGACAUCUCCGAUCCUGACAUUGAGGAUGAAUUCAACUCGAUCGAUGCUCAAGUACGAGCAAAGGCUGCAGACCUGGCAUCUAUCAGCCACUGGCAAGCUUUUAAGCAAACCCAGUCGAACCCGAAUUAUCGGCAGCGCUUCUGGCUCUUGAUGGCCAUGCAAACCAUCGCCCAAUGGACAGGAGGAAACGGUAUCACUUACUAUAUCUCAAAUAUUUUCCAGUAUGCUGGCAUCACUGGAAAUGCUGAGUCACUUGUCUCUUCCGGUGCCUAUGGCAUCGUCAAGCUCGUUUUCACAAUGGCCUUCACUUGGGGCCUAAUUGAUAUUUUGGGGCGGCGUCGCUGCGCAUUGACAGGCCUUUCCCUCCAGCUGGCUGCCCACAUCUACAUGGGAGCUUACAUGGGCCUACAGCCGGGUUCUUCUGAUAACAAAUCGGCCUCGAAUGCCGCCAUCGCCUCCGUCUUCAUCUACGCCGUUGGCUGGUCCAUCGGCCUCUGUACCAUUCCUUAUCUGUAUGGCACGGAGAUCUUUCCCACUCGCAUCCGCAACGUGGCCUACUCUCUCAGCAUGACGUUGCAUUGGUUCUUCCAGUUCGCUGUCGUGCGAGUGACACCCAACAUGUUCGCGUCUCUCGAUGUUUGGGGUGCGUAUGUCUUCUGGGCGAGCAUCUGUACCCUGGGCAUCAUCAUCCUCGGUAUCUGGAUGCCCGAGACCAGCGGUGUCCCCAUGGAGCGUAUGGGCGAUCUUUUCGAUGGCCCUUGGUACCUGCGCUGGCGUGCGAAGCCGAAGGAUGUCGCCUCAUCCUCAGCUUCCACCGCUGGAGAAGGAACCGAAGUCGGUUCCAGCUUUGAUGCCAAGCAGGUGGAUAGCAAAAAUCUGCCUUUGUAAAAGUUUCACGGACGACUGUUCGAAUAUAUACCCGACUUACUGAUGCUUUACUCUAUACAUAUUCAUACAUAUAUAGUUGGACUUAUCGUCAUAUUUUGGUUUGAUGUGCAUGAUCACUCUCGUUUUGGAAAAAGGCCGAUCUAGAGCUUGCAUUUAUUUUUGGCGGUACAUAAGGGGGGAUAAUUCUACAAACUGGAAUACUUACUCUUUCCUCAACCAGAUCGUACAGGUGUAUAAUAGAUUGGAAAGAUAUAUUCCCCAUUCACCAAUGUGUACAUACAAACGUA